GGAUGGAAGGGGUGUGAUGGACCUGGGGACCUACAAGGUCAUUGGCGAGGCGCUCUCAAGGGGCGAAGUGGAGAGGGGGGAGCAGGGGGGCGGAGGGGAGGGAAUGCUCUUCUCUCACUUCCCCUCCUCCUCUCUUCCCCUCGUCCCCUCGUCCCGUCCUCCCUUCCCCUUCUCCUCCCCUUCUCACCGUCCCUUUUGGAUCGCUUCUUCCCCUCCUCUUCCCUCCUCCCUGCCCCUUCCCCUUUACUAA